AUUACUUUUUAUAUACAUAAACAACUUUUUUUUUUUACAAGGAGCUAACACAACCAAAAUAAAGAUACUCCUGAGAAAGGGAAAUAAAAUAACCAAAAUGACCCCAAAAACUGAUAAAUGAAUAGUGACACCUCAGCCAUCAAGAUCGUCUACCGAUGAUGCUGCUAGUGCUAUUGGAAAAUGUUUUUGAUGAAGUGCGGCUCUCCAGGAGACGUCUGAUACUCGAAUCCUGAGCCAUGAUAGUAAUUUGGUUGGCCAUUAUGGAUGUCUGGUUGGCGAUCAAACUUUUUUGGAGAUCGAUUACAGUCAUCUCACUUGCAAACUUUUUUGGUAGACUCUUCCUCCUCACUGAUGACUGAUCAGUAUCCAUGGAUGAAAGAUGCUGGUGAUGGUGUCUAUAGGACGUCCUCAAAAAGCUUUUAGAAAAUGUGGCCAAAUCAAAUUGUGUUAAGAGUGAUCACUUUUAGAAAAUGUUUGCUUCUCAUCAACAAAAUGUACAAUAUUGCAUUUUAGAACUCCAUCUACAAAUCUAUCGUUUUUUUAAACUAAGAUAAAAAGACCAUUUUUAUAGCCUCAGACCGUCCUAGUUCAUGAAGUUUUCAACAUUAACCACAAGGUUAACCUUUUACUUCAGCUAUGAACAUUGUCAUCAAAGGCAAAUCAAACCCUAAAAAAAAAAUAAAAAAAAAAAAUAAAAACAAUCAAAAGAGCAAAGUUUUCAACAUUAACCACAAGGUUAACCUUUACUUUAGUCAUGAACUUUUUUGUCAUCAAAGGCAAAUCAAACACAGAAAUAAAAAAACAAUCAAAAGAGCAGAAAUGUGUCAGAUUGAAGGUUUUCAGCCCCAAUAUGAUGAAUUCUCAGACAGGGAUAACUGUUUUCUAUUGAGAUUUCUCAUCACCCACAUUUCUGUUCUUAAAACUCAAUAAAAAAGAUCAAAAAAAGAUUUUAAAAAAAAAAUCGAUGAAAAAGAUUGAAAAAGGGGAAACUAUCUGAUCUUCCUAUUCAUCUAAAAAGAUUAUUUGUGUCACCGCAUCAAAAGAGAUGCAUUCACAAUCAAAAAAGUUCUUCAUUUAGAUCCCCAAAACCUCAAAAUCAGAUCAAAAACCCAUCCAAAUUUGAACACAUACCUUCACAUCCCACCACGGCGAUGGUGUUCUCUUCCGCUCCGCCGACAACGAGCUCUCCCUGAAAUUUAUAGACAAUGAGAAUGAUUAGGGUUUCAAUCCAACGGUUCUCAUUUCACUCCACGUAGACAACCCGGUAACCCGAUAAGGAGAAGUGGACCCGAUAAUCCGAUAGUGAGGAAGGAACGGAUUCGGGUUCGUUAAUAAAGAGUCCGAUAAGAAGGCAAACGGGCUUUAUGGGCCUGAUAUCCGCCACCUCGAGGCUUGUGUCGAUUGCUCGGUCUGGUGCUAUAUUGGCCGCGCGGAAGGUGUUCGAUGAAAUGCGUGAACGAGAUGAGGUCGCGUGGAACGCGAUGCUCGCGGCGUACUCGCGCGCAGGGGAGUCCCAUGCCGCGCUUCUCUUCUCCUCCAUGAGAGUGUCCGGCGCGAAGCCGGAUGCUUUCUCUAUCACCGCGCUUGUCGCCGGAGUCACUGACGUGACUGACGUCCGGUCUGGAAUGGCGCUCCAUGCGCUCGUCGUUCGGUCUGGGUUUUGUGCGUCGAUUCCAGUGAGCAACUCUCUCGUCGACAUGUAUGGGAAGUGCUCCUGUGCUUGCGAUGCUUGGAGAGUGUUUGAUGAAAUGGAGGAGAAGAAUGAGGUCUCUUGGUGUUCUCUGCUCUUUAGCGUAGUGAAUUCGGAGAGAUUAGAGGAUGCGCGUCGAGUUUUUGAUGAAAUGCCUGUGAAGAAUGCUGUUGCUUGGAAUAUCAUGAUCAUGGGGCAUGCUCGUAAUGGCGGAGUGGAGGUAUCCAUGGCGUUGUUCAAGAGGAUGCGAAGCUCGGGGUUGGACGGGGACUGCACGACGUUUGCGAGCCUUCUCAAUGCCUGCUCCGAGCUCCAAGAUCCCAUCUUUGGACGAAUGAUCCAUGGCGUCGUGAUUCGAAGUGGAUGGAAUGCCUUUAUCGAAGUCAAUAACUCCACGCUCAGCUUCUACGCGAGGUCCGGCGAUGUCGGUGACGCUGCCAAAGUAUUCGUCUCGAUGAGCACUCGCAACACAGUCUCAUGGAACGCCAUCAUCGAUGCGAGCAUGAGAGCAGGCGACGUUGAAGGCUCGAUCUCACUCUUCCAAAGCUCGCCGGAGAAGAACAUCGUUUCAUGGACGACGAUGAUAGGAGGUCUCGCGAGGAACGGAUAUGGAGACCAAGCCCUUAUCUUCUUCCGCGCCAUGACCAGAGCUCAUCUCCGGCCGGACGACUACGCGCUCGGCGCUGUUCUCCACGCGUGCGCCAUCUUCGCAGUCUUAAAACCGGGACGACUGAUCCACGCACUCGCACUCCUCUCCGGCUUCUCGACCUACGUCUACGUUGGCAAUGGCUUAGUGAACAUGUACGCCAAGUGCGGCGACAUCAAGAGCGCACAGCAGGUGUUCGACGAAAUCCCCAACAGAGACAUAGUUUCCUGGAACGCUAUGCUCUUCGGCCACGCACUGCACGGCAUGGCGACUCAAGCACUGAAGUUGUUCGAUGAAAUGCUCAAGAGAGGAAUAACAGUAGAUAAACUCACAUUCAUUGGGCUUCUAAUGGCGUGCAGCCAUGCAGGACUUGUAGAGAAGGGGAAAGCGUUGUUUGAGAGGAUGGAGACGGUGCACGGAGUAGCGCCGGAGGAGGAGCAUAAGGAUUGCUUGAAGGACAUGAUCCGGCGAGCUGGGUGGGAGGUUGGUGUGGAGGAGAUGGAGGAAGAGAAGGAGGAAGGAUACGUGAUGUUGUCGAACUGGUACUGUGAGAGUGGGCGGUGGAAGGAGGCGGAGGAGGUGAGGAGAGUAAUGGCGGAGCGCGGGGUGAAGAAGGAGCCCGGGUGUAGUUGGAUUGAAGUGAAUGGGAUGGUGUUUGUGUUUGUUGCUGGGGUUCAGGCAAUUUGUCGAACAGGUGGUGUGCUUGAGAUGAUUGGGUGGUUGGACGCGGAGAUGAAAACUCCCCCUUUAUUAUAACAUUGUUAUAUUUAUAUAUUUAUUUAUUUAUAUUAUUUAUUUAUUUAUAUAUUAUUUAUUUUAUAAAGACAAACUAGGUGUGAGGGUCACGUAUAGACACAGAGUUAUUAUCUCAGUAUACUAUGCUCUCAUUUUGUAGGAGCUGAUGUUUGAAUAUGUUUUAUCGAUAGAAUAUAAGCACUUUUACACAUGAUAUCAGCUGUCUAUGUUCUCAUUUUAUAAAGAGCUGAUGUUUGAAUAUGUUUUAUUGAUAAUAUAUAAGAACUUUACGCAUGA